CAACGCGGCUAAUUGGAGACUAAACAUCGUCGACGAUGGAACACUAAAGGAUACAGUGCGCGAAAGGAUUACGGCAAGGAGUGCUCCCCGAGGAGCAGGGAUAUGCACCCAAAGUUUGUUCGCGGCGCGUGUGAUGUGUGUUAACCGAUUUACCGAAUGAUCCCGAUUUUCGCGUUCGCAUAGAAUACAAAAACAAAUCAACAAAAUGAGUGCCAACACGGAAUCGGAUGCCGAAAAGGCAUUGGGCUCUCGCCUGGACUACGAUCUCAUGAUGGCCGAGGAGUAUAUCCUUAGUGAUGUGGAAAAGAAUUUCAUAUUGGCCUGCGAGCGUGGUGACCUUCCGGGUGUCAAAAAGAUUCUCGAUGAGUAUCUGGGCACCGACAAAUUCAACAUUAACUGCACGGAUCCCAUGAAUCGCUCGGCGCUAAUUUCGGCCAUCGAGAACGAGAACUUCGACCUGAUGGUUAUCCUGCUGGAGAACAACAUCGAGGUGGGCGACGCCCUGCUGCAUGCGAUUUCCGAGGAGUAUGUGGAGGCCGUGGAGGAGCUGCUCCAGUGGGAGGAGACCAACCACAAGGAGGGCCAGCCCUAUAGCUGGGAGGCGGUGGACCGCUCCAAGUCCACCUUCACCGUGGACAUCACGCCCCUUAUCCUGGCCGCCCACCGCAAUAACUACGAGAUACUCAAAAUUCUCCUGGAUCGCGGUGCCACGCUGCCCAUGCCGCACGACGUCAAGUGCGGCUGCGACGAGUGCGUGACCUCCCAGACGACGGACUCCCUGCGCCACUCCCAAUCGAGGAUCAACGCGUACCGGGCGCUCUCGGCCAGCUCGCUGAUUGCGCUCAGCUCCCGGGACCCUAUACUGACCGCCUUCCAGCUGUCCUGGGAACUCAAGCGCCUGCAGGCGAUGGAAUCGGAGUUUCGUGCCGAAUACACGGAGAUGCGACAGGCGGUGCAGGACUUCGGCACCUCGCUUCUGGACCACGCACGCACAUCCAUGGAGCUCGAGGUGAUGCUCAACUUCAACCACGAGCCCUCCCACGACAUCUGGUGUCUCGGCCAACGGCAGACCCUGGAGCGAUUGAAGCUAGCCAUUCGAUAUAAGCAGAAAACGUUUGUGGCACAUCCGAAUGUUCAACAGUUGCUGGCAGCCAUUUGGUACGAUGGACUGCCAGGUUUCCGGCGCAAACAGGCCUCGCAACAAUUAAUGGACGUCAUAAAGCUCGGCUGCAGUUUUCCCAUCUACAGUUUGAAGUACAUUUUAGCCCCAGAUUCCGAGGGAGCUAAAUUCAUGCGCAAGCCCUUUGUCAAGUUCAUCACACACUCCUGCUCCUACAUGUUCUUUUUGAUGCUCUUGGGUGCCGCUUCCUUGAGAGUGGUGCAAAUCACCUUCGAACUCCUCGCUUUUCCUUGGAUGCUGACCAUGCUGGAAGAUUGGCGCAAACACGAAAGAGGUUCCCUUCCAGGUCCCAUCGAACUGGCAAUUAUUACCUACAUUAUGGCUCUGAUAUUCGAAGAACUUAAAACGCUGUAUUCGGAUGGCUUGUUUGAGUAUAUCAUGGAUCUUUGGAACAUAGUCGACUACAUAUCGAACAUGUUCUACGUGACGUGGAUUCUUUGUAGAGCCACCGCUUGGGUAAUCGUUCAUCGUGAUCUCUGGUUCCGAGGCAUAGAUCCUUACUUUCCCCGUGAGCACUGGCAUCCCUUCGAUCCCAUGCUUUUAUCGGAAGGCGCUUUUGCUGCCGGAAUGGUCUUCUCGUAUCUGAAACUCGUUCACAUCUUCUCAAUCAAUCCACAUCUUGGUCCCUUGCAAGUUUCUCUGGGUCGCAUGAUUAUCGACAUUAUAAAGUUCUUCUUUAUUUACACAUUGGUAUUGUUCGCCUUUGGUUGUGGUCUAAAUCAGUUAUUGUGGUACUAUGCCGAACUCGAGAAAAAUAAAUGCUAUCAUUUACAUCCGGAUGUGCCCGACUUUGAUGACCAGGAAAAAGCUUGUACUAUAUGGCGAAGAUUUUCCAACCUAUUUGAGACAUCGCAAUCACUUUUCUGGGCAUCUUUUGGCCUCGUGGACUUGGUCUCUUUCGAUCUGGCUGGAAUCAAGAGCUUUACUCGAUUUUGGUCCCUGCUGAUGUUCGGCUCUUAUUCGAUGAUCAACAUUAUUGUGCUCCUCAACAUGCUUAUUGCCAUGAUGUCUAACUCGUAUCAAAUCAUCUCUGAGAGGGCCGAUACUGAAUGGAAGUUCGCUCGUUCGCAACUUUGGAUGAGCUACUUCGAGGAUGGCGGCACCAUUCCACCGCCCUUCAAUCUCUGUCCCAACAUGAAAAUGCUAAGGAAGACCCUGGGAAGGAAGAGACCAUCACGAACCAAGAGUUUUAUGCGAAAGUCCAUGGAACGGGCACAGAGCCUGCAUGACAAAGUGAUGAAGCUGCUGGUCAGGCGGUACAUUACGGCGGAGCAGAGGCGGCGGGACGAUUACGGCAUUACCGAGGAUGAUAUCAUCGAGGUGCGCCAGGACAUAAGCUCCUUGCGGUUCGAGCUACUGGAGAUUUUCACCAACAACAGUUGGGAGGUACCCGACAUUGAGAAGAAGUCGCAGGGAGUGGCCCGAACCACCAAGGGCAAAGUGAUGGAACGUCGUAUCCUGAAGGACUUCCAGAUUGGCUUUGUGGAGAAUCUGAAGCAGGAAAUGAGCGAAACGGAGAGCGGAAAGGACAUAUUUUCAUCUCUUGCCAAGGUCAUUGGCAGAAAGAAGACCCAAAAGGGAGACAAGGAUUGGAAUGCCAUUGCGAGGAAGAAUACCUUUGCUUCCGAUCCAAUUGGCUCGAAGCGAUCCUCUAUGCAACGUCAUAGCCAACGCAGCUUGAGGAGGAAGAUCAUCGAGCAGGCCAACGAGGGUCUCCAGAUGAACCAGAACCAGUUGAUUGAAUUCAAUCCCAACUUGGGCGAUGUGACCAGGGCAACAAGAGUGGCCUAUGUCAAAUUCAUGCGAAAGAAGAUGGCUGCCGAUGAGGUUUCCUUGGGCGACGGAGAGGGUCCUCAAAAUGGCGAAGCGGAAAAGAAACCAUUGGAUUCCUCUGGGUCCAAAAAAUCCCUAACUGGUGGCGCAAGUGGAGGAGGAGCUUCUAUGAUGGCUGCAGCUGCUUUGCGAGCUUCCGUCAAGAAUGUGGAUGAAAAGUUCGGUGAUGCAAAGGCUGGCACUGCCGGUAAGCCAGCGGAUGACAAGAAACCAGGGGAAGCCAAGAAACCAGGUGAUGACAAGCAGCCUCCCAAGGACUCGAAGCCACCUCCACCAGGAGGAGCCAAGCCAGGGGACCAGAAACCAGCUCCAGGAGCUGGUGCUCCGAAGCCCCAAGCCGCUAGCAAUGGCACUAAGCCCACUGACCAACAAAAGAAGGAUGCUCCUGCUCCUCCAAGUAAGCCGGCGGAUACCAAGCCAACAGCUCCAAAGUCCGGAGAACCUGCAAAGCCAGAAGCAGCCGCCAAGAAAGAGGAGUCUUCUAAGAGCGACGCAACCAAACCCGCAGCCACAACUGGAGCUGCCAAGAGCGCAGCUCCCUCGGCUCCAACGGAUGCCAAGCCGGAUGCCAAAUUAAAAACCGGAGCAGCUGGAGCUCCGGAGGGAACCAAGGCCACCAAUGGAGCCUCCAAGCCCGAUGACAAGAAGAACGCAACUGAUGAUAAGGAUAAGGAUAAGAAGCCAGGCGACGAUAAGGAUAAGAAACCGGGCGAUGACAAGGAUAAAAAGCCAGGCGAUAGCAAGGAUAAAAAACCAGGUGACGACAAAGACAAGAAACCUGGCGACGAUAAGGACAAGAAACCGGGUGAGGACAAGGAUAAGAAGCCGGGUGACGACAAGGACAAGAAACCAGCGGACGACAAGGACAAGAAGGCAGCGGAUGACAAGGAUAAGAAACCAGGAGCAGCUCCAUUGAAACCAGCGAUCAAAGUGGGACAAAGUAGUGCGGCAGCUGGAGGAGAACGAGGAAAAUCCACGGUCACGGGUCGCAUGAUCUCCGGCUGGCUUUAAACCCUCGCCAAAAUAGUUUUACCCGAUUUAAUAGCAGCUAUCUAUAUCUAAGGUCCUUUGUUUGUGUGAACAAUAAACGAAUCUCAAAUACAA